AAUCCUCUGCAAAGACCUCGAGUCUGUGAGCAUCUGAAUCCGAUCAGAAAGGAGAGAGAGAGAGAGAUAGAGUAGCAGUAGAUCUCUAGUCUCUUUGGGCGCAGAGAUCUUUUUGUUCUUUUUAUUUAAUAGAAAAGAGAGAAGCAAAGGCCAUAGAGUAAAACAGAGAGCAGAAGAAGAAGAAGAUAAACAGGUCCAUGCCAUCUCUGUGUCUCUCUGUUUAUCUUAUUCAUCUCAAUAGUUUGUCCUCAUUGCUUUGAUCCCAUGCUUUUCUCACAAAAUUCAGUCCUACCCUUUUGUCCUCAGAUCGACCAAAAACAAACCCACUUUUCUUCUUCUUCUUCCUCAGACUAGCUUUUAGUGCUUCUUUUUUCCUUUUGAUCUUUUCGAGUGGUUUUUUUAAUCGAGAGAAAUGGGUACUGGUUGGAGACGAGCCUUUUGCACCACGAUUCGUCGAGAUCCAUCAGAACACAGAGUUUCAGAUCAAAAGCAGAGAAGCCCGAGUCCGAGUCCGAGCCCGAGCCCUAGAACCCGACUGAGCUUCUUCUCCUCCGGUGGUAGCAACCCGUCAACUCCGAAACUACGUUGUAAAACAGGGUCGGAAUCUCUACUUCAGAAAUCGAAUAGUAUGCCUACGAAUAAUAGUGUUGCCGAGAGCCCGAGGGUCCUUGAAAUCAAAACCAGCACUCCCAAAUCGUCUAAUCCGUCUUCUCCUCGAUCCCCUCUCAAGCUCUCCCUCUUCAAGAACAGCUUCAAAUUUCGAAGUAGCUGUGGAAUUUGCUUGAAUAGUGUGAAGACUGGGCAAGGCACAGCGAUUUACACAGCAGAGUGUAGUCACGCCUUUCAUUUUCCUUGCAUAGCUUCUUAUGUACGGAAGCAUGGAAGCCUUGUCUGCCCAGUUUGCAAUUCCACAUGGAAAGACGUUCCUUUACUGGCUAUGCACAAGAGUCCCAGCCCUGAUUCCCACCCGCCAGCCAACGACGCCGUUUCGGCACCUGUCACCCCCAAGCCCAAAGUCGAAGAGAAAAAGGUGUUAGCUGAAUCCGCCUCCCCCAGAUACACGUUGAAGCCAUACGACGACGACGAGCCACUCUUGUCUCCGACCGUCGGCGGCCGGAUUAUCCCCAUUCCCGAGGAGGAGGAGGAGGACGCCGAGGAUGACGUCGAAGAGUUCCAGGGCUUUUUCGUCAAUCCCAACACUUCCUCUUCCGUCAAGUAUUCUGAUGAUCCUCAGAUAAAUAAUGGCAGAGAUUUCAGGAACAAUGUGCAGGUCAGGCUGUUACCGGAGGCUGCUUCGCUGUCCUCCGGCCGGGGUUUCGAGACCUACGCCGUGGCUUUGACAGUCAAGGCUCCGCCGGCGCCGGCUCGUCAGACUACCUGCUGCGCGUCGCUUCUGGACCCUUCCCACCGUGCCCCGAUCGAUUUGGUGACGGUGCUCGACGUCAGCGGCAGCAUGACCGGCGGGAAGCUUCAGAUGCUGAAACGCGCCAUGCGUUUGGUCAUAUCCUCGCUCGGCUUGGCUGAUCGGCUCUCCAUCGUGGCUUUCUCGGCUUCGCCAAAGAGACUGAUGCCUUUGAAGAGAAUGACGGCUCAUGGCCAGCGCGCGGCUCGGCGCAUCGUUGACCGGCUGGUCUGCGGUCCAGGGAGUAGCGUUGGUGAGGCCUUGAUGAAGGCCACGAAGGUUCUGGAAGACCGGAGGGAGAGGAAUCCAGUGGCGAGCAUCAUGCUCUUAUCGGACGGUCAGGACGAGAGGGUCAACAACUCCGGCUCAACCAAUCAACGUCAGGUCUCAAACGACGUGUCGUCCACCCGGUUCGCCCACAUUGAGAUUCCGGUUCAUGCUUUCGGGUUCGGGCAGAACGCCGGCUACUGCCAGGAGCCGGCUGAGGACGCCUUUGCCAAAUGCGUCGGGGGUUUACUAAGCGUCGUGGUUCAGGACUUGAGAGUUCAGCUCGGCUUCUCAUCCGGCUCGGCUCCGGCUGAGAUAACAGCCAUUUAUUCCUGCAACGGACGGCCCACCGUGCACGGCUCGUCUUCGAUUCGGCUCGGAGAUUUGUACGCCGAGGAAGAGAGGGAGUUGCUCGUUGAGCUUCGUAUCCCUACAUCGGCUGCUGGGACCCACCAUGUGAUGUCAGUUCGGUGCUUAUACAAAGACCCGGCGACGCAAGAAGUUGUCUACGGCAAGGAGCAGGGACUAGUAGUGCCCCUCACGCAGUCAGCCGUCCGAUCGGUGUCCUUGAAUCCGAAGAUCCAACGGUUGAGAAGACUUUUCAUGACUACGCGUGCUGUAGCGGAGUCACGGAGGCUGGUUGAGCACAAUGACUUCCAAAGUGCACAUCACUUGCUAGCAUCGACUCGAGCUCUGCUCAUGCAGUCCGGCUUGUCUUCGGCUGAUGAGUACGUGCGGACAUUGGAGGCUCAGCUGGCGGAGUUGCAUUGGAAGAGGCAGAAUCAGCUGGAGGAGCAGCAGCAGCAGAUGAUGAUAAUGCAGCGGCGGAGAGUAGGCGAGAGAGAAAUGGCGGCGUCGGCGGCUGUCGAUGAAAACGGGGAGCCGCUGACGCCGACUUCGGCGUGGAGAGCCGCGGAGAAGCUGGCUAAGGUAGCUAUGAUGAAGAAGUCGUUGAAUAGGGUCAGUGACUUGCACGGCUUUGAAAAUGCUAGGUUUUAAUUUUCAAUUUCUAGAAUAAAAAUUGAAAUGGGGGGAUUGUUAUUGGUGUGAUGAUUAUGUAAUAGGGACAAGCUGGUACUAGACGGCGCGGCCUUUUUCUGGUCUGAGGACUAAAAACACUGGGAGAGGUAGUUAGCAUACCCCACAGAAAACUUGAUUGAUUGGGUAGAAAUGGAUGCUUAAGCUAGCCUUGUCCUUUUGUUUUUUGUGCUUUUUUCAAUUUCGAUCCCAUACAUCUUUUGAGACAAUUCCAUCUGUGCUCGACUAUUCUGGGAAUUCAUGAUGAACAAGAGAGUACCAACCAGAACUUAAAGGUGCAAGUGCAAUGGACACGCUAUAAAGUGUAGACAUUUUAAUGAUGGGUUUGCAAAGGAGUAUGAUUAUGAGAGGAACACAAAACAAAGUAGGACAGAAUGAAGGAAGUUUGCUUGGAUUGUAUAGGAUAUAUGAUGAACAUAUAUCCAGUUACUAUAUUGUCACGGCAUAACUUUUGGGAAUCGAAUGUCCUUCCUUGUCUUCUGCUCCA